AUGACUUUGGUCCGGCGUCGUGCAAAGGCAUUGUGGAUAUAUGCAAUUAUAAUAGUAUUCUUUGCAUUUUGCCUGUUCCUGGCCAGGAGAUUUUUACCAAAUUCGUCCUUCUCAAACAUACUAUUUGGUUCCGUAUCGCAUGGAGGCUGUAAAAUUAUCACAAAAGGCAAUUACGACAAGCUCAUUCUAAAAGGCGUGGUCUUGACGCCCAAGGGCCCUCUUCAGGAUGGCUAUGUCUUGGUUGAGUCCGGCAAAGUCGCCGAGGUAGGCACUAGCUACAGCUCAGAAAGCCAAGAUACACUAAUCACAGUCGUGGACUGUGCGAAUUCUGUCAUAUCUCCAGGGUUCAUCAACCUCCACGAGCAUCUUACCUACUCCAUCGUCAGCCCCUUCAAAGAUCUCGGCGAGAGGGUGUCGCAUCGCCACGACUGGCGCGUUGGAGCGAGAAACAGAACCAUUCGGGAAGCGCUCGUUGCAGAAGACAUGAUUGGAGACUCUAUCAAAUGGGGGGAACUCCGUCACCUCUUCUCAGGCACCACUUCUGUCGUUGGAGGCGGAAUGGUGACCGGAUUGGUGCGCAAUCUGGACUUUGCUUCAGGUCUGGAGGCUGGGCUCCUUGACGCACCUAGUGUUUGGGACGUAUUCCCGCUUGACGAUGCCGACGGUAUCCUCAGGAACAACGACUGUGACUAUGGUCCCGAGGCUAUUGAUCGCCAAAGGGCAGAGAAAUAUCACAGAUACUUGGCACAUGUCGGAGAAGGCGUGGAUGAUGAGGCUGCCAACGAAUUUCGAUGCUUAUCCGACGAGACUUAUGACAGCUUGCCAAUGCCUGGUGGCGGCGGCCUAAGUACUGAUAUAAUUGCCCCAAACCUUGCCAUGGUACAUGCCUUGGGAUUGAGUGCUAGCGAUUUUGACCUUGUUGCAAAAAGAGGAGCGCAUAUCAUUUGGUCACCCCGUUCCAACAUGUUUCUCUACGGGAAGACUCUCAAUAUUACAUAUCUGCUGGAAGCCGGGAUCAACGUUGCCCUAGGAACUGACUGGCUUCCUUCGGGCUCUGCAACGAUGAGUCGGGAGGCUCAUUGUGCUGCCUUGGCUACUCAGCAACUCUACGGGCGCCAUCUUGAAGCCAAAACAAUAUGGGAAAUGAUGACGAUUAAUGCUGCAAGAGCUGCAAGUUUUGAGCAGCACAUCGGAUCUCUGGAAGUAGGAAAACUUGCAGACAUUGUCAUUUUCACAGAAAGCACAGGAGAUGUGUAUAGUCAGGCCGUCUUUGGCUCGACGGAGAACAUCGAGAUGGUUCUGCGUGGCGGUCGGGUUCUCCUUGUAGGCGACAAGCUCGGUGGUCUAAGUUCGAGCCAUUGCGAGCCCGUACAAAUUGGCCGGUCUCGAAAAGCUAUUUGUAUCGCUGAUGAACUCGGAUUGAGCUAUGCAGAAUUCGCAGCCUCUCUCGCGGGAUUCUAUCCAGCAGCGCUUCCCAGCAUACCACCGUAUGAACCUUUGUGCGAUGCCAUAGUAUCGUGA